CCUGACGCUCCACAGCUCGAGGGGAGUCGGCUCAAGAUCUAUCUGCUUUGAUAAGGUCCUUGCGCCUCAGUUGAAACUUUUCCCUGACGGACUUUAUCGAACAGGCACUUUACAGCGACUCAUUGAGGGCAUUAGGGAUAGAGGCAUCGAUAGGGCUUGUAAAAAAAAAAUAUAUAUAUAUAUGGCUUUAGACCAUUCUGGAGCGAUCUAUGUUGUUUUAAAGCGGGAAUGAGAGAAAUUCUAUUGUAUGUAUCUGUCGGGACCGUGCGGUCGGCUGCGCUCUUUGAUGUCCGCUCUUAAACCCUGAGCUCAGUCCACACUGGAAUAAGAGACUAGAGCACAUUCACACACGCUAUACAGGGAUCUAGUGUGCUCUUCGCGGGAGGAAGUUUACGUUUAAAACCUAAAAUCUCCAUUUGACACUAAACAACAUCAGAGGACAGGAGGACUGCGUGCAAUUGGAUAUAUAGUGGAAUAUAUUUGUUCUUUUGUUGGAAAACUGGGAUUUUGGGGACCGAACUCAUGGAUGGAUGAGAGAAGCUCCCCUGCUGAUUUAAGAGAGAGAGGAGCUUACAGCUGAGCUUCACACUGAAGGCUUUGCUGCUGGAGCUGCAGGAGCCAUGAAUAGGACACUAACAGAUCCUAUGGUCAGUAGCUUCAGAGAAGAUGACCCACGUCCACCGGUCCCAGGGGAAGAGGGUGAGACAACAUGCCACCAUCCCAGCAAACUGGCCAUGAUGAGACCGAAGGAUCCUGUGAAAACCAUUAUGGCUGAUCUUCGCUGUUCCACAGCAAGGAGGGAUGACGAUGGACUUGGGGAACCUGAGGGCAGUGCAUCCCCGGACUCCCCUCUUGCCCGGUGGACCAAAUCUUUGCAUUUCCUUCUUGGGGAUCAGGACGGUGCUCAACUUUUCCGGGCAUAUCUUGAACGCGAGAAAUGCGAGGACACUUUAGAUUUCUGGUUCGCCUGCAAUGGUUUCAGGCAAAUGGACCUCAAGGAUACCAAAACACACAGAGUUGCCAAAGCCAUUUACAAGCGGUAUAUUGAGAACAACAGCGUUGUGGCCAAGCAGCUUAAACCUGCUACUAAGACCUUUAUUAGGGAUAAUAUUAAGCGUCAGCAGAUUGACUCUGCAAUGUUUGAUCAGGCUCAAAUGGAGAUCCAGACUGCUAUGGAGGAGAACGCCUAUCAGAUGUUCUUGACCUCAGACAUAUACCUUGAGUAUGUCAGAACUGGGUGCGAGAACGGCAGUCAUAUGAAUCCCAACGGACUAGGAGGUCUAAAGCUGGUGUGCGGAUACUUGCCGACUCUAAAUGAAGAGGAAGAAUGGAGUUGUAAUGACUUUAAAGCCAAAGCUUUGGCCACUGUCGUGGGACUGUCUGCCAAAGCGUUACGGUCACCUCCAUCCCUUCGUGCAGUGGAGGCAUUGGAGAAAGGCUACAGGUCCUACAGACGCAGCGACCCUGGAAACCCCUAUCGUGUUGCGUCCGGUUAUAGUUUUGCCCCUGCCACCAGUGCCAACGACAGCGAGGUCUCCAGUGAUGCCCUGACAGAUGACUCGAUGUCCAUGACGGACAGUAGUGUAGAUGCCAUCCCUCCGUACAAGCUGGGAAGUAAAAAACAAUUACAACGAGAGAUGCAGCGCAACAUGAGGAUGAAUGGCCAAGUGUCUCUACCUCCGUUCCCUAGGACGCGGCGGCCACCUAAGGAGAUGACUCCCGUGGAGCCAGCAGCCUUUGCGGCACAGCUGAUAGCCAGACUGGACCGUCUGAAGCGGGAACAGGAAACCAUGAGCUCCCUAGAGGAGAGACUUCAGCAGAUUCAGGAGGAGGAGGAGAAGGAUGAAUCUGAGGUGUCUGGAAGCAGUGCAUGCCACUCUCUGCCUUUGCUCCCUCCUGGCUCUUGUGAAGAGGACCCCCAGGCCAUCCUGGACGAGCACCUUUCCCGAGUUCUCAAGACCCCUGGCUGUCAGUCUCCAGGAAUGCUUCGGCAUUCCCCACGCUCCCGAUCUCCUGAACAGCGCCCCCUGCCUCGGGGAGGUCCUGGCACCAGGUCGCAGUCUGGCUCUGGGAACGGAUACGUGCCAUCCAAGACCUUGAUCUCCAGACAGUCAACCAAGCACAUAUAUCACCACUACAUCCAUCACCAUGCUGAGCCCAAAAGCAAGGAGCAGAUCGAGGCGGAGGCGACCCAGCGGGUGCAGUGCCUGUGCCAUGGAGCUUCAGAAAGCUGCUCUGCCCCCUACAACCGCAGCCGGAGUCUGGGCAGAGACCAGUGUGGCAGCCCUGCAGAAGUGGCCUUUGGGCAUUCCAGCUCUUUAUCUAAGCGUCUGUGUAAAUCUGGAGAGGAGGUGAACACAGAAGGGUUGGAGAGCAGUCUCCUUCAGCUGCCAGCUGACAGUACAGACCGCUCUCAAAACGUAUGGCAGUGGAUCCUGGAGAGCGACCGACAGACCAAGCACAAGCCCCACAGCACUCAAAAUGUAAAGAAGUCGCACUGUUUGGAACCCACACGCACACACACCUGGGGAGGUGGCGGAAGCAGUGCGCAUCUCCGUGCCCACCAACCUGCACACCCCUUUGUUCAGGACCCUGCCAUGCCACCUCUACCCCCUCCCAACACCCUAGCACAGCUGGAAGAGGCCCGCAGACGUCUGGAAGAAGUUUCCAAACCCUCUAAACAGAGACAUUCAACAUCAAGCCUUCAGAGAGACAAGAGUCACCCAGUGCCUGUACAGAAUGGCAGUUCAGCACUUCAAACGGACGAACCGAAAGAUCUCAAGAAGAUGUCAGGUUCCCACAGUAGUUUGGGCUCGGAGACAGUGGUCACAUACUUCUUUUGCGGUGAGGAAAUCCCGUACCGCCGGAUGAUGAAAACACACAGCCUCACACUCGGACACUUCAAGGAGCAACUGCGGAAAAAAGGAAACUACAGGUACUACUUCAAAAAGGCCAGUGAUGAGUUUGAGUGCGGUGCUGUGUUUGAGGAGGUCUGGGACGACUGCACAGUUCUGCCCAUAUAUGAGGGCAAAAUCCUUGGCAAAGUGGAGAGAAUGGACUAAAUAAACAUGACAGCAGACUUACCCAGCACUCAAGACUAAGUCAACGAGCGGAAAAUGGACGUUUUAUGCAGCUAAAAAAAGUUUAGACGUUUGCCUCACCAAGCUAUUGAAGGAAUACUAGCCAAUGAAGUACAGAGGGAUCUGAACCAGCAAUGCAUCAUAAGAAAUUGUUCCUUUGAUUUGGAACGCUAAGAGAGAUGUUAUGACCAAUGAAGACGCAAUCAUCCACUUGUUUGUUUGGACUACAAGACGCCAACGUUGGUGUGUUACCAUAGCAUGGACUGCUGACCAGCAUUUGUGAUAACUGUAGAUGUGUAUAUGUGUGUUGGAUGCGAGAACGUGUGCAUGUGUAUACUGAGGUGCUCAUAUGUACACAAAGUUAUAAUAUGCUUCUGUCAAAAGUUAAAGACUUUAUUGCUAUUUAUUAAACUGUCAUUCCCCUCAUAUCUGUGUUCAGAUUAUGGACAAGCUGCUUAUUUGAUUGGGAGAUUUUCAAUGUUAUACAUGCAUGGACGGAUGUCUAGAGUCACGCGACCUUAACGCAACAGACUGUACCAGGAAUCUUCUCUUCUGGCCAAUGAGAACGAGAUGUGCUUCAGACCAGCACGCCUCUCCAAACCUCUCUGCUGAUUGGGUGGAUAUUUCAACCUUUAUUGCCCAGCCAACAGCUGAUGAUGUGUUGCAUCUUUAGUGCCUUUGGUUUAAUGUCCAGACAUUGCACAGGAACCAAUAGCCUUGUCCUGGAACCUGUUCCAAGACUCUUAAGUAAAAACUAAGUAAUAGGAAGUCAUACUAUUAAAAAAAAAAAAAAAUGGUAAUCUGAAUUUCAACACUGUCUGGGAGAUCAGAGGGUGUGCAUGGAAGGGGUUAGUGUCCUGUGUAAAUGUUGAAUGAAAAGACCUGGUGUAGCUGAUUUAAAACCGCAAAGCUCCAGGGCAAAAUCUCGGAAUGCACUGGCAUGAGUGAAUGAGAACAUGCCAUCGCUAGUGUAUUAUAUAUUACCUGUGCCUACAUGGAUACCAUGCUGUGUGCUGCCCUGUUUCAGGGUGUGAAUAUUCCCUUGCUUUUCUGAGGGGUUUAUGUUUAAAAUAAUUUUUUAUGCUUUGGAUAUCUUGUAAUCAUGACAUUACGUUUCAGUGUUUUCCUCCCCCAAUUUUGUUGUGUUUCACUAAAAUGUAAAUUAUGCAUUAUAUAGAGCUUCAUUUUAAAGACGACUUGGUACUUUAAUUAUUGUAAUUAUGAAGAGAUGUAGCCUUUAUUAAAAGUUAUAUUU